AUGGUUGCAUAUGAUGAUGCCCUUUCUUGCAAGGGAAGCAAGGAAAUGGUUUUAUCUCCAGAAGUGAUGUUGGAAGCCUCUGCAGAAAACAUUUUACAGCAGGAUUUUUGUCAUGCUAUCAAGGUGGGAGUGAAAUAUACCCAACAAAUAAUUCAGGGAAUCCAGCAGUUGGUGAGAGAAAUCGGUGUUACCAAGAGGACACCUCAGAAGUUAUUUACCCCUUCGCCAGAAAUUGUGAAACAUGCUCAUAAACUCUCCAUGGAAAGACUCUAUGCAGUUUUUACAGAUUAUGAACACGAUAAAAUUUCUAGAGAUGAAGCUGUUAACAAAAUAAGAUUAGAUACAGAGGAACAACUAAAAGAAAAAUUUCCAGAGGUCGAUCCAUAUGAAAUAAUAGAAUCCUUCAAUGUUGUUGCGAAGGAAGUUUUUAGAAGUAUUAUUUUGAAUGAAUACAAAAGGUGUGAUGGACGAGAUAUGACUUCACUUAGGGAUAUAAGUUGUGAGGUAGAUAUGUUUAAAACCCUUCAUGGAUCAGCAUUAUUUCAGAGGGGACAAACACAG